GAUUUGGAAAGCUGUGUGCGGCGCGAGAGCCUCCAGUUCCUAAAACCAACGCUUCUGGAUCCACCGAGAGAGGAAACCGACUGAACUACAAUGCAGCCACGCUGUUUGCUGGGUAGAUGCUGCGCCCUGCUGAUGAUCCACAUCGCGGCUGUGGUGAAACCUCAAACGGUCAGUGAAAAUGACGCCCACAUGGACACCGGAUUUAGGGGCCUGGAGGGAACUGCGUUCUUUGCUAUGCGGAGCUGCCACCAGGUUCUCCACGGUGACAGUGGGGAGUUCUUCUCCCCGGAAUACCUGUGCUCCAACCCUGGCCUCUGGUGCAACUGGACCAUCCAGGUAGAGCAGGGUAAACGGGUGCAGCUGAACCUGGAGGACCUGACACCAGAGAACACCUGCCGCCUGAAGAUGGACCAGAUCCACUUGGAUGAGUCUCCUGUGGUGGCUGGAGGGGCCCAGAUACUGGAGAAGUGCUGGCAGAAGGUCAGAUACACGUCCAUCUCCAACACGGUCCAUGUGGUGCAGCUCAUCGGACCCAACCCGAACCCACCACUCCGGGGGUUUUAUGGACAAUACCAGGCUUUUGGCCCACCGGAAACUCCUCCUACUUCUAUUGUUGGUGUGUCAGACGCAGGAUCCAUAAAAGAAGAUUCACAGGAGGAAGAGCGUGAAGACGUGGACACUAUAGAUGGAGUGACAGAAGUUCCUGACCAGAAAAGCUUCACCCAUGAAUUCACUUUGUCAGUGGAGGAAACGGACAGUACCCCUGCAGAACCUGUGGACAUCGGCCCUGUGACCAGCUCCUUGACCACUGAGCUUCCGGUUUCAGGAUCACUGGAGAGGAAUUCUGGAGAGAUCCGGAAAACCAGAGGAGGAGCCGAGAACCAGGCCUCAACUGCUGAAGCAGGAAUAUCAGGUGGUCUACCUGCUGAGGAGUUCAGACCACGCUCGUUGUCUGAUGAAAUGCCUGGUACACUCUCAUCACUUCACGCUUACACUACACACACUACUGCUACUCCCACUGGUACCACACACAUUCUGUCCACCAAGGGCGUUGAACCAGUUUUUACCCUGUCGUCUACCACCACGAACAACAAUGAGGCUAGGCCGAAAUCCACACCCUCUCCUGAUGAAACUAAACCAGCUGCGACCGAGAUAAAAUCCAGUCCAGGGAUAAAGGACAGCUAUGGCACGACCUUCAUGGAGAUGCCAUUGGUUGACAGUGGUAGAACAGUCCAGGCUGGUACUGUAGAACCUACUGAAGGUUUUGGAGAGAACGAACACCAGAAUUCUUCAAGAAAGCCCAAACCUAACCACAGAAUGAAAGGGAAAUCUCUCUCAGUCUCAACCAUUAGAAGCCAAGCUGAACCGCAACACCUUCCAGGGGGUCUCUUGCUGGAAGUGACCGUGGAGGUUGGUGUGAACCACACUCAUAAAGAGGGCUGGGACCAUUUAAAGAAUUUCUUCAGGACUGCAGUAGAGACCAUGAUUCAGAAGGACCUAGAAAACCUCCACCCGAAGAGCAUUUCAUCCAAAAGAUCUAAAAAGCUGAAAGCGGGAGUGUUGUUGAUCGUGUGGGUGCAGUUUGGGGAGUGUGAUGAGGAAGGCCUCACCCUCAGGGAUGUCCAGUCCACUUUGCAGCAGCUGAAAAGGAAAACCAUCCACUCUCAUGACCUCAAAAAAAGCCAUGGCAUCAUCAUCUCGGUCUCUGUAGAAGACAUCGAUGAGUGUGAGACUCGGUUGGUCAUGUGUGAUGUCCACGCGGAGUGCGUAAACGAGUUCGGCUCCUACUCCUGUCACUGUCGCCAUGGUUACAGUCUGGGGCUGGGCGGCGCCGUGUGUCUGGAACCCAAAGUUGAAGACUGUAACUGGACUUCAUUUCCCUCGCUGCUCUAUGUGGUCUGUGUGCUGCUGGCUUUCCUCAUUGCUGUGCUGUUGGUGGUGUUGGGUGUACUUCACCGCCGUUACCACAGGGGGGCGUUUCUGCCUCACUGUACCAGCAGCACCAAGAGCUUUUCAGCAACAAACAACAACAAUAAUUCAGAAGGUGAUGUACACAAUGCUGCAGACAGAUCUUCCUUAAGACCACCGCCUCCUCCUCCACCCCUUCGAUUCUCUAGCCAGGCAUCUGCUGCCCUGGACCUCCCUCUGCUCAGAUUCACUCCUCUAGCGCCCCCUGAAGGAUUGCAGGGUAAACUGCAGAGGCAGAAAGACCAGCUUUGACUCCCAAGUGGCUGCCAACCCUUCACCUUGAGACUUUGCCAAUAAUUUAAUUGCACUUAUUAUUUUGUAUUAUUUAUAUUAUUAUUUUGAGUGUCCCUCACUUCCUCGGUGGUUAGUAUAUAUUCUGUUAAGCUUUAUUUUUUUCAAGGUGGUGUUAAGAAUGUGAAAGUAUAAAAAGAUGUGAAUAUUAGUUUUUAUGAAAAACUUUUUUUUUUGUUCUUCAGAAAGCUUACGUUACAUUCUCUUUUAUGUAUAAUCUUUUUUUUGGGCAUAUUGUAACAUUUAUCUUACCUGAGUUCUGAGCUUUGCCUGUUCUUUGAGUGCUUAUAUGUAUAUUAAGACAUACAUUUUGUUUUUCAAAGUUUCUGUAUAAUCUAUUUGCCGAGAUGUAAUUAAAUUCCUUCAGAGUG